AGUGAAUAAUAAAUACUUGUCAACUAUUGACUGAUAAUCACUUCAUUAUUAUCAACAAUUGCAUCAAUAAAAUCAAAUGAUAUUUUUUUUCAAAUAUUUUCUAACUACUAAUGUCUGGAUACAAAAGAGUUAGCUUUUAUGAACUUUGCAGAUUAUGCGCGUCCAAUAUCCAAAAAGAAAAAACUCAUAUAUUCCAAGAAGAAGGAAGAAAGAUACAACUUCAAAAUAAAAUAGAAGUUUGUUUGGCUUUAACUGUUAACGAAAAUGAUUUUUUGCCAAAAGUUGUUUGUUCAAAAUGUUUACGUAGUCUUGAAACAUGUUUCGGGUUCAGACAAGAAUGUGUUCGAUCAGAAUCGAUGUUGUCGACAUAUUUUAAAAACUUUAGGUAUACAGAUGAUUUCAAGAAAUCUGGAAAAGUUUAUAUUAAGGAUAUUAAGUCCACACCGCUAAUUCAGCCAACAUCUGAAAGUGUAUCUCCUGUAGUAACAAGGUCUGUUCAGUCAACAUCUCAAAAUUUAGUGAAUGUUAAUAAGAGCCAGCAGAAUGCAGAUACUGUACCUUUUUAUACCCUGCAGCUUCCAGCUAUAGUCUCCAAUCCCAAUAUUGUUAGUAAACCACAAAAAUAUGUCGAUCCUCCAAAGAUACCACAGAAUCAACUAGCUUAUAAUCUCAAUCUUGUCAAUACAACAAAUAACAAACUUAGUACACCAAAAGCGGAAAUUUUUAGCAAUGUAGUAGUGAAUGCGAAUGGGGAGGUCAUUAAUAUCUCACAUAUGGGUGAUUUUGAAACUAUUUUAAAUCAAGGUAACGCUUUAAAAGUAAAAAAUAAGACACUUAAGGACAUCAAUGGUGUUCAAGAGAGUGUUGUGCAAAUAGAUUUAACAGGAGCUGAUAAUUCAAAUUUUGAUUUAAAACAAGAAAAAUUACCACACAUAAAAAGUACACAAAGUAAAUAUUCGUAUUCGAUGAAAAUCGAUGAUAAAAAUCCGAAUCAGUCUGUUAUUUUUCCUAUGUCCGAAUAUAGUCAAAAUUUCAGUAAUUUCAAUUCAAAUAAUGUAGUAUAUACUCAACCAAAUUUAAGUCUAGUUAGUACCAAUUCUACCAAUGUUAUAACUAAUACCGCCCCUGCUUUAGAUAACUCGGCUUUGAAUGUUAUAAACCAAAAUUUACAAGAAAUAAAUCAGCCUGCUUAUACAAACGUCAUUUCUUCAAACGUAGCACCCGAACCUGAGAGUUGUAAAACAGAUCUGGACCAAAAUAAUAUAAAUAACACUAGCGUAAAUUGUACUAGUAGUGGUGCACCUAAAACGCACGCCUGUGAAGUUUGUCGCAGAGUAUUCAAAAGGAAAGAACAUUUAUAUCAACAUGUUAAACAUCACAUAGGAUUGAGGCCGUACACUUGCGAACAUUGUAACAAAUCUUUCAUGAGGAAGGAGCAUUUGUUAAGGCACAGUACUCUACAUUCUGGUCAAAAAAAUUUCACGUGUAAUAUUUGCGAUAAAAGUUUUUCUAGAAACGAUAAUCUUUUGAAACAUAAAAAAACUCACGAUAAAAGAACGAAUUAUACGUGUCAGGUUUGCCAGAAACAGUUUGUUAUGAAACACUAUUAUAAUGCUCACAAGUGUUAUAUGUCUACUGUAUGGGGAUUCUUGAAAACUUGAAAUUAACCCAUAUAUUUUCAUUAGAAAGUAUUUACUGUUGAAUUUGUACCUCAUAGAACACCCUUAUUAGUCCAGGAAAGAUUGAAACGAAUCGGAAGAACUGGUACGCGGUAGAUAUCGAGAUGCGGUUUUUUGGUGGUUGCGCCAUUUUUUGAAAACUGCUUUCUGAUGCAACAAAUGCGUUUUUCAGUCGCAUAAUUUCUCGGAACAAUUAUAAAAUGAUUCGAAGGUAAUAUUUAAGAUUGAACUUACAUUUUUAUCAUUAAUACCACCUUAAUGAUUUGUAACCCCCGAACAGCCUCUUAGAACCGCCCACCGUGUACCGCCAGCGAAUUUUAAUGCCAGUAUUGGACUCAGCAUACCUCAAAACUCCCGAGAAAUAAUUUUCGGCGAAUUUUUAUUUCUCGUAUGAUUUUCCGAAAUUCAACCCUCGACAAACCAUUUUUUCUUGGUUUUCAAUCGUUUUAUAAUUGUUCGAGGAAUUAUGCAAUUUGCAAAAUGCAUUUGUUGCACCAGAAUGCAAUUUUCGAAAAACGGCGCAACCACUAUAUGUACUUUUUCUUUAUUCCCGUCGAUUUUGAUCUAAAUGCCCUGGACUAUAUUACCAGAAUCGUCUUAGAACGUACACAUUUUUUCUAUUAUAAACAAAAUGUCAAACAUUUUAAAUUUAUUUAUUUUCCAAAUUGUAAUUUAAAUUCUAGUCACAAAAUAGCUUCGAUCAACUUGGACUUCGGCUUAUAAUCUUUUUGCCCCCCAUCCCCAAAUACCAUCGAGUUAAUGUCGUUUUUGACAUUAUUCAAUUGAGUCUAGGUUAAGGAAAUGUGUAACUGGUGUGAUUUCAUCUGGAUUUUGAAUUUUUUAAUAUAUUAAUUCACAUUUUGAGGUCUACAAAUCAGCAGAUGUACUCAUUUAGUGUGUUAUGGUACAUACCUUCUUAAAUUUAUUUAUUUUUACUAGUCACUUUAUUCAUUAGAAUCCAUUUAUUUAUUUAUUCAUUUGAUUUUAUUGUUACAAUUUCUAUAUAUUGUUGAAUAACCAAAAACAUUACAACAUACAAACGAAAUAUUCCAUUUAUAAGUCAUAUAUUAUUUUAUUGUUUUAAAAUUAUAAAUGGUAGACAAAUUCUUUGGAUAACGUUAUAAACAAUGUUAGUAGUAUUUUUUCUGACUAUUGGUGUAGUAGCCACUGCCAACAAGAGCAUGAAGUUAGCAGCUGUGUUGGAGAAUGAUUCAAAUCACGUAAUAUAUCAAGUUAGUUCAGUUGAAUUUAUGUAGAUAUACUCAACUGAAAUAUUAUGUCAAUCGUUUUAAACUAAUUCAUUUUCUAAAUUGUAUUAUAAAUUCUAGUCACAAAAUAGCUUUGAUCUCUAACUAGGACUUCGGCUUAUAAUUCUAUUGUUCCAAAUUCUCGAAUAUCAUCAAAGUUUUUGUCGUUUUUAACACUAUACAAGUGAGUUAACGUCUAGAAAAUUUACACCCGGUGCGAUCUCAUCUAGAUAUUUUACUUCUUACGAAUUUUGAGGUCUACAAUUCAACAAUUUUACUCAUUUAAUAUGUCAUGGUACAUAUACUUUAAAUUGAAAAAUAUUUAUUUUUACUAUUCAUUUUAUUUAUUUGAAUCUAUUACGGUUUAAUUUAUUUAUUUAUUUAAUUUCAUUAUUAAAAUUUCUAUAUACUAUUAAAUAACCAAAGACAUUACAAUAUAGAAACGAAAUAUUCCGUUUAUAAAUCGCAUAUUAUUUUAUUGUUUUAAAAUUGUAAGUGGUAGACAAAUUCUUUGGUUAACAUUAUUAACAAUGUUGGUAGUAUCUUUCUGACUAUUGGUAUAGUAGCCACUGCCAACAAGAGCACGAAGUUAGCAGCUGUAACUGACAUUAAUGCAUAUGGUAUAAACUUCAUACUUAAUAUUAGGUUAGGGAAUGGUCGAUGAAUAAGUUAAGUUAGUUCCGUUAAAUUGGUGUAAAAAAAUAUUUUGCUGAAAUAGUGUGUCAAUUCUCUUAAAUUUAUUCAGUUUCUAAAGUGUUUUAUAAAUUAAAUAUACAAAAUAGGGCUUCGGUUUAUAAUAUUAUUGUUCCCAAUCCUCCAAGUAUCAAGUUUAUGUCGUUUCUGACACAAGUUUGGUAUAGAAAAUGUAUACCCGAAGUGAUCUCAUAUCGAUUUUUUAUUUUUUAAAUACUCUUUUUGAACUUUGAGGUAUAUAAUUCAACAGUUUUACUCAUUUAUGUCAUUGUACAUACACUUUAAAUUGAAAAAAAUUAUUUUUACUAGUCAUUAUGGCUUAAUUUAUUUAUUUAUUUGAAUUUAUUGUUACAAUUUCUAUAUACUAUUCAAUAACCAAAGAUAUUACAACUUAGAAACGAAAUUUUUAAUGGGGGUACCUAAUACUUCGUGAAAAUGUAUACAAUUUUGUGUCUUUGUAAAUAACCACUGUUACUGAUCAAUCACAGAUGUUUUCACUACCUAAUAUUUUUUCUGUUAUCUAAAUCUUCCAAAAUAUACAUCUGUAUUUCUGUAUACUGACCAGUAAUAAUGACGUUAUAAAUACAACCCCGCUUUGGACUGAUGUGCCCCCAUAAAAUAGUGGCAAUUUCCUCGACUUUGUCCUAAUUAAUAAUCUAUUACGAAAGAAUCACAAAAAAAUAAAUAA